AUGGGAACUAGACAACCUCUAAUAAUAGUGCUUGGCGGGCCUGCCGGUACUGGUAAAACCACAGUUGCUGAAGAUUUGACAAGUUAUUUAACAAAAAUAUCCUCAGAUACGACUCAUAAAUUUCAGAAUCUUUAUGAAAACAUUGAGUUUUUAGAGGGAGAUAGUUUACAUCCGCCUGAAAAUAUAGCUAAAAUGGCACAUGGUAUACCAUUAACUGAUGCUGAUAGAUGGGGAUGGUUAGAGAAAGUUGCCACAAGGUCAGUCGAAGUUGCCGAAAAAUGCUCUCUUUGUAUAGUUACUUGUAGUAGUCUAAAAUUGAAAUAUAGAGACUACAUUAGAAAUAACGAUCUAGCCAAAAAAAUGGGGGCAAAGUUUUUUUUUAUCUUAUUAUAUGCCGAUAAAGAUGUUAUUAGAGAAAGAUUAGUCAAGAGAAAAAAUCAUUUUAUGAAAGCUGAUAUGUUGGAUUCACAAUAUAGAGACUUAGAAUUACCUAAUACUGACAAAGAGCGUAAUUGUUGUGUUAUUAAUAUUGAGAACAAAAGCCGUGAGCAAAUAACACAAGAAGUUUAUGAUGAAGUUGAGAAAGAUUUCCUCUGA